GACGGAGCACCUCUUCCCAAUCGAGGAGAUUGCUGCCAGACACGGCGUCAACAUCGAUGCUCAUAAGGCCGCCAACAGCAAAGGACUGGACCCCUCCGUCGCUGCUCAGCGGCUAGCAGAGAACGGGCCCAACAUCCUGUCGCCCCCCAAGCAGAUCUCGCCCUUCAUGAAGUUCUUCCACUGUCUCACCUCGCUCUUCAACCUGCUCCUGAUCCUCGCCGGUAUUCUCAACUACGUCCUCUUGGCUGUCGACCCCAAGGGCAACAAAGUCAACACAUACUUGGGAGCUAUCCUGAUUCUCGUCGCGUUUCUCAACGCAGCCAUCGAGUUCUACCAGGCCCAAAAGUCCGCUGCUGUCCUCCAGUCGUUCCUGAACCUCAUGCCCCAACAGUGCUAUGUCGUCCGCGACGGAAAGUCCGUCCAGAUCCCCGCCUCCGAUCUUGUCCUGGGUGAUGUCGUCUUUGCGCGCAUGGGCGACAAAAUCCCUGCCGAUAUCAUGAUUUUUGCAUGCACGGAUAUGAAGGUCGACAACUCGUCCUUGACGGGAGAAACCGAUCCUCAGGACCGCAGCCCCAUUAACGACCAAAAGAACCCUCUCGAAGCCCGCAACCUCGCAUUCAACGGAUCCCUGGUCAUCAACGGCGAGGGCUAUGGAUUGGUCAUCAGAACAGGGGACAACACCGUGCUUGGUCAGAUUGCCGGAUUGACCGCUGGAGAGGACUCUGGAAAGUCGCCCCUCACUCGCGAAAUCGAUGACUUUGUCAAGAUCAUUGCUUCGAUCGCCAUCACCACCGCUAUCGUCUUUUUCCUCAUCGGUUACUUUGCCGUUUACCGCGACCAGGCCGGUGGAAUCUCCAGCACACUCAACUUUGCUAUCGGUGUCUUCGUCGCCUGGGUCCCCGAGGGUCUUCCUGCCACGGUCACCAUGUUGCUCACCAUCGCUGCCAAGCGCAUGGCCACGCAGAACGUCCUGGUCAAGGAUCUGACCGGUGUCGAGACUCUUGGCGCCAUCACUCUUCUCGCCACCGACAAGACCGGAACAUUGACCCGCAACCAAAUGACCGUGACCAACAUCUGGUCCUCCAACAAUAUGUACUCUGCUUUCCGCAGCGCCGCCAAUGCCGGUGCUCCCUUUGACGCCAGUUCUCCUGGUAUUCCCGAGGUGCUCUCGAUCUCUGCCCUGUGCUCACGCGCCAAGUUUGACCGCACGGAUGUGCCCAUUUCCGAACGUCAGGUUGUCGGUGACGCCACCGAGUCUGGAUUGACCCGCUUUGCUGCUGCCAACAUUGCCAACUUUGAUGAGCUCUCUGAUCUCUACCCUAAGGUCUUUGAGGUCCCCUUCAACUCUGAGAACAAGUGGGCCAUGACGAUCCAUCGCAAGGACCAUGCCAACGGAACGUACACCCUUUUGAUGAAGGGAGCCCCCGAACGCAUUCUGCGUCUCUGCAGCACUAUCCUGAUCAAUAACGAGGCCAUUCCCUUGACGGCGGAGCACUCGAAGGCAUAUGAUGAAAUGUACACACUGAUGGCUUCCAAGGGUCACCGUGUCCUCGCUUUCGCCCAGUUGCUCUUGCCCGGUAGCCAGUACCCCGACGGCCAUGUGUUUGACAAGGAAAAGAAGAAUUACCCCACCACAGAACUCUGCUUCGUCGGUCUCAUCUCUCUGGAGGAUCCCCCCAAGCACGGUGUCCGUGAGGCUAUUGGUCGCUGCCGCUCUGCUGGUAUCCGUGUGAUGAUGGUCACUGGUGACCACCCCUUGACUGCUGAGGCCAUUGGACGCAAGAUCAACUUGGUGCUUUCGGAUACAAAGGAGAUGGUGGCCAAACAGCGUGGUUGCUCUGUGGACGAGGUCGGCGACAACGAGUACAAUGCGAUUGUGAUUCACGGUGAACAAAUUGAUUCUUUAUCGGAACAGGACUGGGAUUUGAUUUUCUCCAAGCCCGAAAUCAUCUUUGCCCGUACUUCGCCCAAGCACAAGCUGCAGAUCGUGAAGCACGCUCAGGCCCUUGGCCACAUUGUCGGCGUCACGGGCGAUGGUGUGAACGAUUCGCCUGCGCUCAAGAAGGCAGAUCUGGGUAUUGCUAUGAACAUUUCAGGAUCGGAUGUCUCCAAGGAUGCUGCUUCCAUGAUCUUGCUCGACGACAACUUUGCUUCGACUGUCCGCGGUAUUGAGGAAGGUCGUCUGAUCUUCACCAACUUGAAGAAAUCCAUUCAGUACACGAUCACGCAUUCGAUGCCCGAGGUUAUCCCCAAUUUGCUCUAUGUCAUUGCCUCCAUCCCCCUGCCUAUCUCUGCCAUGCUGAUUCUGGUGAUCGAUCUUGGAUUCGAGCUGUUGAUCUCGUUGACCUUUGCCUGGGACAAGCCCGAGACCAAGUCCGGACUGAUGAAACUCCCUCCUCGCAAGCCCGUCACCCCGGCCUCGAUCGAGCGUCGUCGUCGUAUGGCCCUCCGUGCCUUGCCUCCUGUGGUCGACGCGGAAUCAGGCGAGGAGGUCCAGCCAUCGUUCAUGGCUCGAUUCCAUCACGACUUCAUGGCAAUGUUCACGGGUGUGUACUGGCGCGAGAAGUUUGAAUCGACUGAGGAUGAGGUCCUGGUGGAUGCUGGUCUCUUGUCCUGGGCUUACCUCGAAAUCGGUAUCAUCGAGACGAUCGGUGCUUUGGUGACCUUCUUUGUUGUCCUCUACAAGGAAGGCGGAGUCACCCCUGCGAUGGCUGUGCAGAUGCAAAAGAACGGCGAUUUCACGACGGAUGACGACAACAGCGAGCCCGCGAAGUUGUUGGCGAAGGCCCAGUCCAGCUUCUAUCUCGGUAUCAUGAUCAUGCAGCUGUUCAACUUGUUUGCGUGCAAGUGUCGGUACCGUCUGCCCUUCGGCAUGUACAUGUUCUCGAACGUCCGUACCUUCAUCGGAGUGGCCCUUGGUUGCGCUCUCGGAUUCUUUAUUGUCUACUGUCCUGGCUUGCCAGUUGUCUUCAAGACGUCGAACGAUACCGCUUUCGUGUAUCUGCUGAUCCCCUUUGCGUUCGGCGUGUUCAUCCUCUUUUAUGCCACCCUGCGCACGUUGAUCCUCCGCAAGAUCAGGCCCACGGCCCUCAAUGAAGAGAUUAUUGGCUUGAACAUGGUCCCGACUAUGAAGACGAUGUUCAGCAGAACAAAGUCGAUCCAGCCCAGCACCAAGGAUUAAUGCAGGAGUUGGAAGAGAAUGGCAUAUUGUUGGAUG